UGGAGCAACACGGUCUCCUAGCACUGUUCCCUGGACAGCCAACAGACCACUUUGGAGAAACACGGUCACCUAGCCUGAGGACCGGCACUGUUCCCUGGACAGCCAACAGACCACUUUGGAGAAACACGGUCACCUAGCCUGAGGACCGGCACUGUUCCCUGGACAGCCAACAGACCACUUUGGAGAAACACGGUCAGAGUGUUACUGCUACCCCCUACUCCAGGACGGGACGGCCGGAGACAUGGACCCCCGCCUGGCCCAGUCUGUUCAGACUGAGAAAGAUGCUAAAACAGAAGGUAGGUAGCCAUAACUUUCAGACGCACACAGAAGGAAUGUGUCAAUUAUGGGAUGCCUCGCUAAGUCAGCUUUUGGUUAUUGCUGUACAUGUAAAAUGUCGCCGUCGAUAGUUGAAGUGCACUCUGGUAGAUUGGCGUUAUAAUUAGUUAAUGGCCAGUAUGAGAGGUAGGUCAUGUUUAAAGUGCUUAAUAAACAUGUUUAUAGCGUCGUAAUCGGGUACAUUGACACACACACACACACACACACACACACACACACACACACACACACUCACAGGCUGUAAAGUGAUUUAAGAGGUCCUCUUCGUUUCUCCCCUCGCCAGCUUACAUAACUGGUAUACCAGCUGCAUGUCUGUGUCAGAGAGGCCACAAAUAACCUGCCAGCACAUAGAGGAGUUAUAUUACUCUACUGAGGGGCUGGGUUACGGUACUGAUGCUGGGUCAGCUAGCUGUGUAGAGGAGUUACAGUGGGGAAAAAAAGUAUUUAGUCAGCCACCAAUUGUGCAAGUUCUCCCACUUAAAAAGAUGAGAGAGUCCUGUAAUUUUCAUCAUAGGUACACAUCAACUAUGACAUACAAAAUGAGAAAAAAAAAUCCAGGAAAUCACAUUGUAGGAUUUUUAAUGAAUUUAUUUGCAAAAUAUGGUGGAAAAUAAGUAUUUGGUCAAUAACAAAAGUUUCUCAAUACUUUGUUAUAUACCCUUUGUUGGCAAUGACACAGGUCAAACGUUUUAUGUAUGUCUUCACAAGGUUUUCACACACUGUUGCUGGUAUUUUGGCCCAUUCCUCCAUGCAGAUCUCCUCUAGAGCAGUGAUGUUUUGGGGCUGUCGCUGGGCAACACAGACUUUCAACUCCCUCCAAAGAUUUUCUAUGGGGUUGAGAUCUGGAGACUGGCUAGGCCACUCCAGGACCUUGAAAUGCUUCUUACGAAGCCACUCCUUCGUUGCCCGGGCGGUGUGUUUGGGAUCAUUGUCAUGCUGAAAGACCCAGCCACGUUUCAUAUUCAAUGCCCUUGCUGAUGGAAAGAGGUUUUCACUCAAAAUCUCACGAUACAUGGCCCCAUUCAUUCUUUCCUUUACACGGAUCAGUCGUCCUGGUCCCUUUGCAGAAAAACAGCCCCAAAGCAUGAUGUUUCCACCCCUAUGCUUCACAGUAGGUAUGGUGUUCUUUGGAUGCAACUCAGCAUUCUUUGUCCUCCAAACACGACGAACCAAAAAGUUAUAUUUUGGUUUCAUCUGACCAUAUGACAUUCUCCCAAUCCUCUUCUGGAUCAUCCAAAUGCACACUAGCAAACUUCAGAUGGGCCUGGACAAUUACUGGCUUAAGCAGGGGGACACAUCUGGCACUGCAGGAUUUGAGUCCCUGGCGGCGUAGUGUGUUACUGAUGGUAGGCUUUGUUACUUUGGUCCCAGCUCUCUGCAGGUCAUUCACUAGGUCCCCCCAUGUGGUUCUGGGAUUUUUGCUCACCGUUCUUGUGAUCAUUUUGACCCCACGGGGUGAGAUCUUGCGUGGAGCCCCAGAUCGAGGGAGAUUAUCAGUGGUCUUGUAUGUCUUCCAUUUCCUAAUAAAUGCUCCCACAGUUGAUUUCUUCAAACCAAGCUGCUUACCUAUUGCAUAUUCAGUCUUCCCAGCCUGGUGCAGGUCUACAAUUUUGUUUCUGGUGUCCUUUGACAGCUCUUUGGUCUUGGCCAUAGUGGAGUUUGGAGUGUGACUGUUUGAGGUUGUGGACAGGUGUCUUUUAUACUGAUAACAAGUUCAAACAGGUGCCAUUAAUACAGGUAACGAGUGGAGGACAGAGGAGCCUCUUAAAGAAGAAGUUACAGGUCUGUGAGAGCCAGAAAUCUUGCUUGUUUGUAGGUGACCAAAUACUUAUUUUCCACCAUAAUUUGCAAAUAAAUUCAUAUAAAUUUUUACAUUGUGAUUUUCUGGAUUAUUUUUUCUCAAUUUGUUUGUCAUAGUUGACGUGUACCUAUGAUGAAAAUUACAGGCCUCUCUCAUCUUUUUAAGUGGGAGAACUUGCACAAUUGGUGGCUGACUAAAUACUUUUUUUUCCCACUAUAUUACUCUACUGAGGGGCUGGGUUACGGUACUGAUGCUGGGUCAGCUAGCUGUGUAGAGGAGUUAUAUUACUCUACUGAGGGGCUGGGUUAUAGUACUGAUGCUGGGUCAGCUAGCUGUGUAGAGGAGUUAUAUUACUCUACUGAGGGGCUGGGUUACGGUACUGAUGCUGGGUCAGCUAGCUGUGUAGAGGAGUUAUAUUACUCUACUGAGGGGCUGGGUUACGGUACUGAUGCUGGGUCAGCUAGCUGUGUAGAGGAGUUAUAUUACUCUACUGAGGGGCUGGGUUACGGUACUGAUGCUGGGUCAGCUAGCUGUGUAGAGGAGUUAUAUUACUCUACUGAGGGGCUGGGUUACGGUACUGAUGCUGGGUCAGCUAGCUGUGUAGAGGAGUUAUUUUACUCUACUGAGGGGCUGGGUUACGGUACUGAUGCUGGGUCAGCUAGCUGUGUAGAGGAGUUAUAUUACUCUACUGAGGGGCUGGGUUACGGUACUGAUGCUGGGUCAGCUAGCUGUGUAGAGGAGUUAUAUUACUCUACUGAGGGGCUGGGUUACGGUACUGAUGCUGGGUCAGCUAGCUGUGUAGAGGAGUUAUAUUACUCUACUGAGGGGCUGGGUUAUAGUACUGAUGCUGGGUCAGCUAGCUGUGUAGAGGGGCAACAUUACACCACUGACAGAGUACUAACCCUAGGUCACAGGUCUCCGUUAACACUACAUUACAUGGGAGGACCAGUGGAGAGGAAGGGGCGGGGCCAAGGGGGGGGGGGGGGGGAGACAUGCUGGGCCAAGACGAGGUCUCAACUUUAAAUGGAAGAUCUGGAUGAGCUCUUUCCACUGAGAGAGAGGAUGAUGGGAUACAUCAGCAACCUGAGACUGUACCGAGAGAGAGAGAGAGGAUGAUGGGAACUGCAACCAUACUCACUGUCAUGGUUUGGAAAUAGUUCCAAUAUCUACAUUUACAUUUACAUUUACGUCAUUUAGCAGACGCUCUUAUCCAGAGCAACUUACAGUUAGUGAAUACAUAUAUAUAUAUAUAUUGGUUUUUUUAUACUGGCCCCCCGUGGGAAUCGAACCCACAACCCUGGCGUUGCAAACGCCAUGCUCUAUCAACUGAGCUACAUCCCUGCCGGCCAUUCCCUCCCCUACCCUAGACGACGCUGGGCCAAUUUUGCGCCGCCCAUGAGUCUCCCGGUCGCGGCCGGCUGCGACAGAGCCUGGAUUCGAACCAGGAUCUCUAGUGGCACAGUUAGCACUGCGAUGCAGCGCCUUAGACCACUGCGCCACUCAGGAGCAUAAACAGCAUAGGAGCAUAAACAGCAUAGAAUAAAUCCAAUCUAAUUGUUUUGCCCAUGUCAGGUGUUGUUGUGGAUGCUGAGCUGGCAGCGGCCAUCAUGUCCAGGAGGAUCAUCCAGACUCUGAUCAGCAUGGAGUCCUGGGAGGGAUACGCCUUCGCUGAACACCAGAUCAAUAUCAAGGAGUCACAUGACCUCUAUGGAGCUGUGAUGUGGCCCUCGGUACAACACACUCCUUACGCUCACCUUCAUCAUCCUCGCUAACACUAACCCCAUUAUGCUAAUCACAAUCGUCAUCACAAUCAUCACUAUUAAAUUCCACUUUUUUUUUUUCCCUCCACCGUUUUAUAACUUCUCAUCCAUCAACUUCAUUAUUAUAAUGUCCUGUUAGUUCACGUUGCGUUUAUUUUCCCAUCAGGCCAUAGUGCUGUGUUACUUCCUGGAUACCCACCGGGACACAUACAACCUGCUGGACAAGAACGUCAUCGAGCUGGGCGCCGGGACCGGUCUGGUCUCCAUAGUUACCAGCCUUCUAGGUGAGACAGUCUUGUAUUUCCAAAGUCGCUGAUAAUGUUAUUAGUUGGGGGAAUAUAUAUGCUGUUUAAUAAUAUACUAUAUAUAAUAAAUAUAUAUAUACCAUUUAGUAAUAUACUAUAUGUAAUAAAUAUAUACAAUUUAAUAAUAUACUAUACAGUGCAUUCAGAAAGUAUUCAUACCCAUUGACUUUUUCCACAUUUUGUUGUGUUACAGCCUGAAUUCAAAAUGUGAUUAAAUAAAUAAAAAAUCUCAUCCAUCUACACAUAAUACCCCAUAAUGACAAGGUGAAAACAUGUUUUUAGAAAUUUUAGCAAAUGUAUUCAAAAUUAAAUACCGAAAUAUCUCAUUUACAUAAGUAUUCACACCCGAGUAAAUCUUUUUAUAGAAGCACCUUUGGCGUCGAUUACAGCUUUGAGUCACCUUGGGUAUGUCUGUAUCAGCUUUGAGUCACCUUGGGUAUGUCUGUAUCAGCUUUGAGUCACCUUGGGUAUGUCUGUAUCAGCUUUGAGUCACCUUGGGUAUGUCUGUAUCAGCUUUGCACAUCUGGAUUUGGGGAUUUUCUCCCGUUCUUCCUUGCAGAUUUUCUCUGUCAAGUUAGAUGGGGAGCGGCGGUGAACCACAGUCUAAGGUCGUUUGCUCUCUGAAGCAGAUUCUCAUUAAGGAUUUUCCUGUAUUUGGCUCCAUUCAUUGUUCCCUCUAUCCUUACCAGUCUCCCAGUCCCUGCCGCUGAAAAGCUUCCCCAUAGCAUGACGCAGCCAACCACCAUGCUUCACGGUAGGGAUCACAGGAGGUUGGUGGCACCUUAAUUGGGGAGGACGUGCUCGUGGAAAUGGCUGGAGCGGAAUGGGUGGAAUGGUAUCAAAUACAGUGCACUCGUAAAGUAUUCACACCGCCUGACAUUCUUCCACAUUUUGUUACGUUACAGCCUUAUUCUAAAAUGGAUUAAAUAAAUAAAAAUCCUCAACAAUCUGCACACAAUACCCAAUAAUGACCCAAUACCCCAUAAAUACCCAAUACCCCAUAAUGACCCAAUACCCCAUAAUGACCCAAUACCCCAUAAUGACCCAAUACCCCAUAAAUACCCAAUACCCCCUAAUGACCCAAUACCCCAUAAUGACCCAAUACCCCAUAAUGACCCAAUACCCCAUAAUGACCCAAUACCCCAGAAUGACCCAAUACCCCAGAAUGACCCAAUACCCCAUAAUGACCCAAUACCCCAGAAUGACCCAAUACCCCAGAAUGACCCAAUACCCCAUAAUGACCCAAUACCCCAUAAUGACAAAGCGAAAACAGGUUUUUAGAAAAUCUUUGCAACUUUAUAAAAAAUGAAAAACAGAUACCUUAUUUACAUAAGUAUUCAGACCCUUUGCUAUGAGACUCAAAAUUGAGCUCCGGUGCAUCCUGUUUCCACUGAUCAUCCUUGAGACGUUUCUACAACUUGAUUGGUGUAAAUGUAAAUGUGUAAACUUGUGGUAAAUUCAAAUUGAUAGGAUUUGAUUUGGAAAGGCACACACCUGUCUAUUUAAGGUCCCACAGUUGAUAGUGCAAGUCAAAGCAAAAACCAAAGGCACUUUAUAAUAUAAAUACCAUUUAAUAAUAUACUAAAUAUACUGAGUGUACAAAACAUUUAAGGACACCUUCCUAAUAUUGAGUUGGUCCCCCCUCCCCCCUUUCCCCCUCAGAACAGCCUCAGUUCGUCGGGGCAUGGACUCUACAAGGUGUCAAAAGCAUUCCACAGGGAUGCUGGCCCAUGUUGACUCCAAUGCUUCCCACAGUUGUGUCAAGUUGGCUGGAUGUCCUUUGGGUGGUGGACCAUUCUUGAUACACACGGGAACCUGUUGAGCGUGGAAAAACCCAGCAGCGUUGCAGUUCUUGACACAAACCAGUGCGCCUGGCACCUACUACCAUACCCCCGUUCAAAAGGCACUUCAAUAUUUUGUCUUGCCCAUUCACCCUCUGAAUGGCACACAUACACAAUCCAUGUCUAAAUUGUCUCAAGGCUUAAAAACCCUUAUUUAACCUGUCCCCCUCCCCUUCAAAUGUCUAAUAACCAGUUUCUGCUUUGUCAAGGGGUCUGAAUACUUUCCGAAUGCACUGUAAAUGACGGAGUGAAAAGGAAGCCUGUACAGAAUAAAAAUAUAGGGUCACUUAAGUAAUACUGAAACCUUUUGUCCUGAAUACAAAUCGUAAUGUUUGGGGCAACAACACAACCACAUCACUGAGUACCACUCUUCAUAUUUUCAAGCAUGGUGGUGGCUGCAUCAUGUUAUGGGUAUGCUUGUAAUCGGCAAGGACUAAGGAGUUUUUUUUUUUUUUUAGGAUAAAAAGUAACGGAAUAUAGCUAUAAGCACAGGCAAAAUCCUAGAGGGAAACCUGGUUCAGUCUGCUUCCCAGCAGACACUGGGAGACGAACUCACCUUUCAGCAGGACAAUAACCUAAAACACAAGGCCAAAUAUACACUGGAGUUAGUUACCAAGAUAAUAUUGAAUGUUCCUGAGUGGCCUAGUUACAGUUUUGACUUAAAUCGGCUUGAAAAUAUAUGGCAAGACUUGAAAAUGGCUGUCUAGCAAUGAUCAACAAUCAACUUUUCAGCAAAUAUUUUUUUAAAUAAUAAAUGGGCUAUUAUACAAUCCAGGUGUGGAAAGCUCUUAGAGACUUACCCAGAAAGACUCACAACUGUAAUCGCUGCCAAAGGUGAUUCUAACAUGUAUUGUGUCUGGGGGGGGGGGGGGUGAAUGCUUAUUUAAUCCAGAUAUAUUAGUGUUUUAUUUUUCAUACAUUUUUCAUACAUUUUAGAAUCGUUCUCCACUUUAACAUGACAGAGUAUUUUGUGUAGAUCGUUGAACGAAAAUGACAAUUAAAAUCAAUUUUAAUCCCACUUUGUAACACAACAAAAUGUGGAAAAAGUCAAUGGGUGUCAAUACUUUCUGAAGGCACUGUAUAUACCAUCUAAUAAUAUACUAUAUACCCCCCAUACUCAACUGGCGGACCGGAUCCGGACCCAGAACGGGGUCAAUACGAACUGCAGGUACCCCCCCAAAAAAAAUUAUAUAAAAAUAUAUACACUACCGGUCAAAAGUUUUAGAACACCUACUCAUUCAAAGGUUUUUCUAUAUUUGUACUAUUUUCUACAUUGUAGAAUAAUAGUGAAGACAUCAAAACUAUGAAAUAACACAUAUGGAAUCAUGUAGUAACCAAAAAAGUGUUAAACAAAUCAAAAUAUAUUUUAUAUUUGAGAUUCUUCAAAUAGCCACCCUUUGCCUUGAUGACAGCUUUGCACACUCUUGGCAUUCUCUCAACCAGCUUCACCUGGAAUGCUUUUCCAACAGUCUUGAAGGAGUUCCCACAUAUGCUUAGCACUUGUUGGCUGCUUUUCCUUCACUCUGCGGUCCAACUCAUCCCAAACCAUCUCAAUUUGGUUGAGUUCGGGUGAUUGUGGAGGGCAGGUCAUCUGAUGCAGCACUCCAUCACUCUCCUUCUUGGUCAAAUAGCCCUUACACAUCCUGGAGGUGUGUUGGGUCAUUGUCCUGUUGAAAAACAAAUGAUAGUCCCACCAAGAAAAUGGUGAUCAAUAAAAAAGUAUACCAGUUUCAUUUAAGGACCAAAGGAUUGACAGCCGUCCCAUAUAGAUUGCAAAAUAGUUGGGAAGAGAUUUUUGACGUACCGAUUCCAUGGCAAAUUGUUUAUGAACUGAUACGCAAAACGACGCCGGAUUUCAAAACGUAGAAUUUUUCAAUUAAAAAUUAUUAUACAAAAUUCUUGCUACCAAUAUAAUGUUAUUUAUAUGGGGGAUACGAUCUUCCCAGCUCUGCAGAUUUUGCUGCGAAGAGACAGAAUCAUUAGAUCAUUUGUUUUGGUACUGUCCAUUUGUAGCUUGUUUUUGGACACAGGUCCAGGAAUGGCUGAAGGAUUGCAAUAUUUACCUGGAGCUAACCCUGCAGAUAGCACUACUGGGUGAUCUGAAAAGUAAUAGUCAAUCAAUCAAUAAUAGAAUAAUACUUUUAGCAAAAAUGUUUAUUUUCUAUUUACAAUCUGUAGAAGCAAUGAGAAUUACAUUUCACAUUCUUAAAAUAAAGUGGUGAUCCUAACUGACCUAAGACAGGGAAUUUUUACUAGGAUUAAAUGACAGGAAUUGUGAAAAACUGAGUUUAAAUGUAUUUGGCUAAGGUGUAUGUAAACUUCCGACUUCAACUGUAUGCUAUUUUUUUCAAAGACAUCCUCCUCAUGUCACUGAGCAGUCCUAGCGGGAAUUGUUACUGUUUUUUUGGUUUAGUUUUUUGGGCCCAUCCACCACCCCCCUUUUCCGAGGACAGACAUCUCGUUCCUACAUUUACAUAACAUUUUACAUUUACGUCAUUUAGCAGACGCUCUUAUCCAGAGCGACUUACAAAUUGGUGCAUUCACCUUAUGAUAGCCAGUGGGACAACCACUUUACAAUAUAUAUAUAUAUUUUUUUUCUUUGAGGUGGGGUAAGGGGGGGGGGUAGAAGGAUUACUUUAUCCUAUCCCAGGUAUUCCUUAAAGAGGUGGGGUUUCAAGUGUCUCCGGAAGGUGGUGAGUGACUCCGCUGUCCUGGCGUCGUGAGGGAGCUUGUUCCACCAUUGGGGUGCCAGAGCAGCGAACAGUUUUGACUGGCUGAGCGGGAACUGUGCUUCCGCAGAGGAAGGGGAGCCAGCAGGCCAGAGGUGGAUGAACGCAAUGCCCUCGUUUGGGUGUAGGGACUGAUCAGAGCCUGAAGGUACGGAGGUGCCGUUCCCCUCACAGCUCCGUAGGCAAGCACCAUGGUCUUGUAGCAGAUGCGAGCUUCAAUGGAAGCCAGUGGAGUGUGCGGAGGAGCGGGGUGACGUGAGAGAACUUGGAAGGUUGAACACCAGACGGGCUGCGGCAUUCUGGAUGAGUUGUAGGGGUUUAAUGGCACAGGCAGGGAGCCCAGCCAACAGCGAGUUGCAGUAAUCCAGACGGGAGAUGACAAGUGCCUGGAUUAGGACCUGUGCCGCUUCCUGUGUAAGGCAGGGUCGUACUCUGCGAAUGUUGUAGAGCAUGAACCUACAGGAUCGGGUCACCGCCUUGAUGUUAGCGGAGAACGACAGGGUGUUGUCCAGGGUCACGCCAAGGCUCUUUGCACUCUGGGAGGAGGACACAACGGAGAGCUAGCUGGCAUAAUUACAGGCACUCUCAAGCGUGAAACAACUAUCCACAGUUGCUAAUAGUUACCAGUAGCUACCCGCUAGCUAGUCCAGGUAGUGGGUUAGCUAGCCUCGUGCUUCACCGGGCUCAGCCGAAUACAAUACUUACCUACAAUAACUACAAUAACCCACGAUAACUACCUAUAAUACCUAACUACAAUACCUAACUACAAUCUAAAUACAUGGUUUAAGCUUUACUCAACACCAUAUAAGCCAAGCUUACCUCCCGCCAGAGAGAGAGACACAACCUCACCCGACGACUCUCACCCGGCUAAAGUUAGCUGUAUUACCUCUCAGGAUGUCUCUGGUGGACUUGAACUGCUCAAAGCAGGAGUCUGUUGUCUGCACCCACCAGCGCUUUCAGCUCCUCUGCUCUGGACACAUUCCUGUUCGGUAACUGGCAUUUAUUUAUUAUUUAUUUAUUAUUUCCUAGGUGCCAAGGUGACGUCCACGGACCUGCCGGAGGUGCUGAGUAACCUGCAGUAUAACGUACUCCGUAACACCAGGGGGCGCUGUAGACACACUCCUCGUGUCACUGAGCUGUCCUGGGGGCAGGAGCUGGAACAACGCUUCCCUCGGGCUACCUGUCUCUACGACUACGUGUUCGCUGCUGACGUGGUGUACUGCCACCCGCACCUGGUGGAGCUCUUGGACACCUUCGAUCACCUGUGUCAGGACGGGACGGAGAUCCUCUGGGCCAUGAGGUUCCGUCUGGACAGAGAGAACCGGUUUGUAGAACGGUUCCAGGGCAGGUUCCAUCUGGAAGAGCUGUACGAUCUGCCCAGUCUCAGUAUCAAACUGUACCGAGCAUCGAGGAAGGAGAAGAGGAGGAAGACCGACUCAGAGAAUCAACAAAGCCAUUGUCGAGAAGGACGUUACACUUGACUCUUGAAGGUCAUUUACCCUUGAGCCGUCAUCCACAGCAUUUGGGGUAAUUGUAGUGUUUCUUCAGCCCGUUUAUCUUUUGUUGUAGCUGUCCUCUUUACAGAGGUUACUGUCAUCUUUACAGAGGUUACUGUCAUCUUUACAGAGGUUACUGUCCUCUUUACAGAGGUUACUGUCCUCUUUACAGAGGUUACUGUCCUCUUUACAGAGGUUACUGUCAAUUUUACAGAGGUUACUGUUAACUGUACAGAGGUUACUGUAAACUUUACAGAUGUUACUGUAAACUUUGCAGAGGUUACUCUCCUCUUUGUAGAGGUUUAUGUCAUAUUUACAGAGGUUACUGUCCUCUUUGCAGAGGUUACUGUCAACUUUACAUAGGUUACUGUCAACUUUACAGAGGUUAAUGCCAACUUUACAGAUGUUACUGUCCUCUUUGUGGAGGUUACUGUCAUCUUUACAGAGGUUACUGUCAUCUUUACAGAGGUUACUGUCAUCUUUACAGAGGUUACUGUCCUCUUUACAGAGGUUACUGUCAUCUUUACAGAGGUUACUGUCCUCUUUACAGAUGUUACUGUAAACUUUGCAGAGGUUACUCUCCUCUUUGUAGAGGUUUCUGUCAUCUUUACAGAGGUUACUGUCCUCUUUACAGAGGUUAUUGUCCUCUUUACAGCGGUUACUGUCAUCUUUACAGAGGUUACUGUCAUCUUUACAGAGGUUACUGUCCUCUUUACAGAGGUUACUGUCAACUUUACAGAGGUUAAUGUCAACUGUACAGAGGUUAAUGUCAACUGUACAGAGGUUACUGUCAACUGUACAGAGGUUACUGUAAUCUGUACAGAGGUUACUGUCAACUGUACAGAGGUUACUGUAAACUUAGCAGAUGUUACUGUAAACUUUGCAGAGGUUACUCUCCUCUUUGUAGAGGUUUCUGUCAUCUUUACAUAGGUUACUGUCCUCUUUGCAGAGGUUACUGUCAUCUUUACAGAUGUUACUGUCAACUUUACAUAGGUUACUGUCAACUUUACAGAGGUUAAUGUCAACUUUACAGAUGUUACUGUCCUCUUUUUAGAGGUUACUGUCAUCUUUACAGAGGUUACUGUCAUCUUUACAGAGAUUACUGUCCUCUUUACAGAUGUUAAAUGAACUCUCCUUCCCUUCAUGCUGGGCAGAUCUGUAUGAUUGUUUUCUCUACUAUUAUUCAGUUGUAUUUCUGAUUGAAGAUGUUCACUACUUGACCAGAAGGAUAUAUAGUGUGUGCUGCACAUGAUGUACUGCUGUACAUAUCAAGACCUGCUGCACAUGAUGUAUUGCUGUUUCCUGAAGUUUAUGUCCAUACAAUGAACACUAUUUACUUUGUAUUAUGUUGUUCAUUUGCUUUAUGCAGUAAUUUAUCAAAUGCGAAAUAAACUACAUUAUAAACACCUCUCGCCUGUAAAUUGUUAUGGAAAGGAAGAUUAGUCCUUUUAGUCAACUGAAGAGGAAAGGACAGGGGUCAGAGAGGGGUCGAGGUGAGGCGGUCCACCCAUCAGUACAGUAGGGGUCAGAGAGGGGUCGAGGUGAGGCGGUCCACCCAUCAGUACAGUAGGGGUCAGAGAGGGGUCGAGGUGAGGCGGUUCCACCCAUCAGUACAGUAGGGGUCAGAGAGGGGUCGAGGUGAGGCGGUUCCACCCAUCAGUACAGUAGGGGUCAGAGAGGGGUCGUGGUGAGGCGGGUCCACCCAUCAGUACAGUAGGGGGUCAGAGAGGGGUCGAGGUGAGGCGGUCCACCCAUCAGUACAGUAGGGGUCAGAGAGGGGUCAGAGAGGGGUCGAGGUGAGGCGGUCCACCCAUCAGUACAGUAGGGGUCAGAGAGGGGUCGAGGUGAGGCGGUCCACCCAUCAGUACAGUAGGGGUCAGAGAGGGGUCGAGGUGAGGCGGUCCACCCAUCAGUACAGUAGGGGUCAGAGAGGGGUCGAGGUGAGGCGGUCCACCCAUCAGUACAGUAGGGGUCAGAGAGGGGUCGAGGUGAGGCGGUCCACCCAUCAGUACAGUAGGGGUCAGAGAGGGGUCGAGGUGAGGCGGUCCACCCAUCAGUUACAGUAGGGGUCAGAGAGGGGUCGAGGUGAGGCGGUCCACCCAUCAGUACAGUAGGGGUCAGAGAGGGGUCGAGGUGAGGCGGUCCACCCAUCAGUACAGUAGGGGUCAGAGGGGUCAGAGAGGGGUCGAGGUGAGGCGGGUCCACCCAUCAGUACAGUAGGGGUCAGAGAGGGGUCGAGGUGAGGCGGUCCACCCAUCAGUACAGUAGGGGUCAGAGAGGGGUCGAGGUGAGGCGGUCCACCCAUCAGUACAGUAGGGGUCAGAGAGGGGUCGAGGUGAGGCGGUCCACCCAUCAGUACAGUAGGGGUCAGAGUCCAUCAUUAACACUACAACGCCAGGCCCCCUACCACAACGAAACAUACCCCUCAACCCCUGAAAAUCCCUCUAAACCAGUUAUAAUAUAGAUCAAUAUCACUCUUAAAACCUGACCUCAACCGAAUUGAGAUGGUUUGGGAUGAGUCGGACCGCAGAGUGAAGGAAAAGCAGCCAACAAGUGCUCAGCAUAUGUGGGAACUCCUUCAAGACUGUUGGAAAAGCAUUCCAGGUGACUACCAGAUGAAGCAGGUUGAGAGAAUGUCAAGAUUGUGCAAAGCUGUCAUCAAGGCAAAUGGGUGGCUACUUUGAAGAAUCUCAAAUAUAAAAUAUAUUUUGAUUUGUUUAACACUUCUUUGGUUACCACAUGAUUCCAUAUGUUUUAUUUCAUAGUUUUGAUGUCUUCACUAUUAUUCUACAAUGUAGAAAAUAGUAAAAAUAAAGAAAAACCCUGGAAUGAGUAGGUGUGUCCAAAACCUAGAUCUCAGGUAAUUAGCCGACAUAUAUACCGAUCUGUUAACACUUGAUCUGAUUGAAUCUAGUCCUUAGAGAGACCAAUCAGAUAUAUGACAGAGAGAGAGAUACUGUAUAAACUGACCUGGUCAGAAAAACAACCUGUCAAACAACAUACUGGCAUGGGCCCCGUGUAGCUCAGUUGGUAGAGCAUGACGCUUGCAACGCCAGGGUUGUGGGUUCGAUUCCCAUGGGGGGCCAGUAUGAAACUAAAUAAAUAUAAUAAUGUAUGCACUCACUAACUGUAAGUCGCUCUGGAUAAGAGCGUCUGCUAAAAUGACUAAAAAUGUCAAAUGUAUGGGGGUUGCCUCCAUGCUGCCAUUUGAAUCAGUUUACCCUGCAACCUCUGCCCCUCAAUGUUAGGUUAAGUCUAGAAAUGGCUUGCUAUUGGUUACCAAGUCAAAACAAGGAUAAAAGGUCACAGUACAACAACAGAAUCAGACACUGACAUCACUUCCUCUCCCUGUGAACCAGCCAUCUCCUUUAGUCCUGCCAGUCUCAGUCACACCCCCUCAUUAUACAUACCCUCAUCAGACCCCCUCAUACUGAGCUAUUUAGGGUAGAGGCAGGGGCAUACCAAGGACCUCCGACAAAAGGGGUUUCAGACGGGAUAAGAUUUGGUUUUAACGGUCAUGUCAGAAACCCGAGAGCUGGCGUAUCCAGGCCAAAUUCUCAUAUCCAGGUCAAACGGUCACUAAAUCAAAACAGUUGCACAAAACAGUUGCACUGCAGACAGCCCUGUUCUAUUACCCCUGUCCUCUGGUGGAGCUAUGAGAGUAGAGCAGACAGCCCUGUUCUAUUACCCCUGUCCUCUGGUGGAGCAGACAGCCCUGUUCUAUUACCCCUGUCCUCUGGUGGAGCUAUGAGAGUAGAGCAGACAGCCCUGUUCUAUUACCCCUGUCCUCUGGUGGAGCUAUGAGAGCAGAGCAGACAGCCCUGUUCUAUUACCCCUGUCCUCUGGUGGAGCUAUGAGAGUAGAGCAGACAGCCCUGUUCUAUUACCCCUGUCCUCUGGUGGAGCUAUGAGAGUAGAGCAGACAGCCCUGUUCUAUUACCCCUGUCCUCUGGUGGAGCUAUGAGAGUAGAGCAGCAGACAGCCCUGUUCUAUUACCCCUGUCCUCUGGUGGAGCUAUGAGAGUAGAGCAGACAGCCCUGUUCUAUUACCCCUGUCCUCUGGUGGAGCUAUGAGAGUAGAGCAGACAAGCCCUGUUCUAUUACCCCUGUCCUCUGGUGGAGCUAUGAGAGUAGAGCAGACAGCCCUGUUCUAUUACCCCUGUCCUCUGGUGGAGCUAUGAGAGUAGAGCGGACAGCCCUGUUCUAUUACCCCUGUCCUCUGGUGGAGCUAUGAGAGUAGAGCGGACAGCCCUGUUCUAUUACCCCUGUCCUCUGGUGGAGCUAUGAGAGUAGAGCAGACAGCCCUGUUCUAUUACCCCUGUCCUCUGGUGGAGCUAUGAGAGUAGAGCAGACAGCCCUGUUCUAUUACCCCUGUCCUCUGGUGGAGCUAUGAGAGUAGAGCAGACAGCCCUGUUCUAUUACCCCUGUCCUCUGGUGGAGCUAUGAGAGUAGAGCAGACAGCCCUGUUCUAUACCCCUGUCCUCUGGUGGAGCUAUGAGAGUAGAGCAGACAGCCCUGUUCUAUUACCCCUGUCCUCUGGUGGAGCAGACAGCCCUGUUCUAUUACCCCUGUCCUGGUGGAGCUAUGAGAGUAGAGCAGACAGCCCUGUUCUAUUACCCCUGUCCUCUGGUGGAGCUAUGAGAGUAGAGCAGACAGCCCUGUUCUAUUACCCCUGUCCUCUGGUGGAGCAGACAGCCCUGUUCUAUUACCCCUGUCCUCUGGUGGAGCUAUGAGAGUAGAGCAGACAGCCCUGUUUCUAUUACCCCUGUCCUCUGGUGGAGCUAUGAGAGUAGAGCAGACAGCCCUGUUCUAUUACCCCUGUCCUCUGGUGGAGCUAUGAGAGUAGAGCAGACAGCCCUGUUCUAUUACCCCUGUCCUCUGGUGGAGCUAUGAGAGUAGAGCAGACAGCCCUGUUCUAUUACCCCUGUCCUCUGGUGGAGCUAUGAGAGUAGAGCAGACAGCCCUGUUCUAUUACCCCUGUCCUCUGGUGGAGCUAUGAGAGUAGAGCAGACAGCCCUGUUCUAUUACCCCUGUCCUCUGGUGGAGCUAUGAGAGUAGAGCAGACAGCCCUGUUCUAUUACCCCUGUCCUCUGGUGGAGCUAUGAGAGUAGAGCAGACAGCCCUGUUCUAUUACCCCUGUCCUCUGGUGGAGCUAUGAGAGUAGAGCAGACAGCCCUGUUCUAUUACCCCUGUCCUCUGGUGGAGCUAUGAGAGUAGAGCAGACAGCCCUGUUCUAUUACCCCUGUCCUCUGGUGGAGCUAUGAGAGUAGAGCAGACAGCCCUGUUCUAUUACCCCUGUCCUCUGGUGGAGCUAUGAGAGUAGAGCAGACAGCCCUGUUCUAUUACCCCUGUCCUCUGGUGGAGCUAUGAGAGUAGAGCAGACAGCCCUGUUCUAUUACCCCUGUCCUCUGGUGGAGCUAUGAGAGUAGAGCAGACAGCCCUGUUCUAUUACCCCUGUCCUCUGGUGGAGCUAUGAGAGUAGAGCAGACAGCCCUGUUCUAUUACCCCUGUCCUCUGGUGGAGCUAUGAGAGUAGAGCAGACAGCCCUGUUCUAUUACCCCUGUCCUCUGGUGGAGCUAUGAGAGUAGAGCAGACAGCCCUGUUCUAUUACCCCUGUCCUCUGGUGGAGCUAUGAGAGUAGAGCAGACAGCCCUGUUCUAUUACCCCUGUCCUCUGGUGGAGCUAUGAGAGCAGAGCAGACAGCCCUGUUCUAUUACCCCUGUCCUCUGGUGGAGCUAUGAGAGUAGAGCAGACAGCCCUGUUCUAUUACCCCUGUCCUCUGGUGGAGCUAUGAGAGUAGAGCAGGACAGCCCUGUUCUAUUACCCCUGUCCUCUGGUGGAGCUAUGAGAGUAGAGCAGACAGCCCUGUUCUAUUACCCCUGUCCUCUGGUGGAGCUAUGAGAGUAGAGCAGACAGCCCUGUUCUAUUACCCCUGUCCUCUGGUGGAGCUAUGAGAGUAGAGCAGACAGCCCUGUUCUAUUACCCCUGUCCUCUGGUGGAGCAGACAGCCCUGUUCUAUUACCCCUGUCCUCUGGUGGAGCUAUGAGAGUAGAGCAGACAGCCCUGUUCUAUUACCCCUGUCCUCUGGUGGAGCUAUGAGAGUAGAGCAGACAGCCCUGUUUCUAUUACCCCUGUCCUCUGGUGGAGCUAUGAGAGUAGAGCAGACAGCCCUGUUCUAUUACCCCUGUCCUCUGGUGGAGCUAUGAGAGUAGAGCAGACAGCCCUGUUCUAUUACCCCUGUCCUCUGGUGGAGCUAUGAGAGUAGAGCAGACAGCCCUGUUCUAUUACCCCUGUCCUCUGGUGGAGCUAUGAGAGUAGAGCAGACAGCCCUGUUCUAUUACCCCUGUCCUCUGGUGGAGCUAUGAGAGUAGAGCGGACAGCCCUGUUCUAUUACCCCUGUCCUCUGGUGGAGCUAUGAGAGUAGAGCAGACAGCCCUGUUCUAUUACCCCUGUCCUCUGGUGGAGCUAUGAGAGUAGAGCGGACAGCCCUGUUCUAUUACCCCUGUCCUCUGGUGGAGCUAUGAGAGUAGAGCAGACAGCCCUGUUCUAUUACCCCUGUCCUCUGGUGGAGCUAUGAGAGUAGAGCAGACAGCCCCGUUCUAUUACCCCUGUCCUCUGGUGGAGCUAUGAGAGUAGAGCAGACAGCCCUGUUCUAUUACCCCUGUCCUCUGGUGGAGCUAUGAGAGUAGAGCAGACAGCCCUGUUCUAUUACCCCUGUCCUCUGGUGGAGCUAUGAGAGUAGAGCAGACAGCCCCGUUCUAUUACCCCUGUCCUCUGGUGGAGCUAUGAGAGUAGAGCAGACAGCCCUGUUCUAUUACCCCUUAUCGAUGUCACUUGUUGAAUCCCACUUUAAAUCAGUGUAGAUGAAGCGGAGGAGACAGCUUAAAGUCUUGAGACAGCUGAGACAUGGACUGUGUAUGUGAGCCAUUCAGAGGGUGAAUGGGCAAGACAAAAGAUUUAAGUGCCUACCCGACUACGAUUGCCACCAUUUUUUUUAAUAAACCUUUUUAAUCAAGAAGCUUUUUAAGAGUCCUUUUCCCCUUCCCUUCAAAUAUUUAAUAAACAUUGUUAUAUUUUGAAUGGAGUGUGGGUGCGGUUUCACAUUUUGAAGUCAACGCUCACACCUGUUUUCCUCUGUUAGUUAUACUUCCAGUGAUGGAGGAUUUGACCUGUUUUCCUCUGCUAGUUAUACUUCCAGUGAUGUAGGAUUUGACCUGUUUUCCUCUGCUAGUUAUACUUCCAGUGAUGUAGGAUUUGACCUGUUUUUCCUCUGCUAGUUAUACUUCCAGUGAUGUAGGAUUUGACCUGUUUUCCUCUGCUAGUUAUACUUCCAGUGAUGUAGGAUUUGACCUGUUUUCCUCUGCUAGUUAUACUUCCAGUGAUGUAGGAUUUGACCUGUUUUCCUCUGCUAGUUAUACUUUCAGUGAUGUAGGAUUUGACCUGUUUUCCUCUGCUAGUUAUACUUCCAGUGAUGUAGGAUUUGACCUGUUUUCCUCUACUAGUUAUACUUCCAGUGAUGUAGGAUUUGACCUGUUUUCCUCUGCUAGUUAUACUUCCAGUGAUGUAGGAUUUGACCUGUUUUCCUCUGCUAGUUAUACUUCCAGUGAUGUAGGAUUUGACCUGUUUUCCUCUGCUAGUUAUACUUCCAGUGAUGUAGGAUUUGACCUGUUUUCCUCUGCUAGUUAUACUUCCAGUGAUGUAGGAUUUGUGUCUAGUCUCGCCCCCCUUUGGGUGCGUUACCAAACCUCUAUUUAAAAGCUGAGAUUGCUUGUAAACAGAGAUGGAUAUGCCGUGUGUGUGUGUGUGUGUGUGUGUGUGCGUGUGUGUGUGCGUGUGUGUGUGUGUCUGUGUGUUUGUUUCAGAUGGUCCCAUCUCUAAAUAUAGCGUUGGGUUGGUGUGAUGGGAGUGUCCAGCAGGAUUCUGACUCUGAUAAAGUCUUAAAACCUCGACUCUGAGACGUCCCAAGAUGCAGUUAGAACGAUCUUCAACAAGAAGAAGAGAAAAAUACUUUUAUUAAUUCAUACGAGAUGGAAAACCAAGACAGAAAAGUGGAGGGUUGACGCCCAAAACCCACUGACCAAGGAAAUACAAAGACUGCAGUAGGUAGGUGAUGGUUUGGUACAAUGAAGAGAGUUAAAUGUGAUUGGUUGGGUGGUUUUAGAGUCUGUAGAAUGGAUUUGAGGUGAGGAACGUUGAACUAAAGCCCCCAUCUUUGGUAGAGCAGUUUCUUUGAGCUGAAAGAAAAGACUGGAAAAGACCCUCAUACUGUAUCUCUGUAUCAGAGGAGGCUGGUGGAAGGACCUAUAGGAGGACAGGAUCUAUAUGGCUGUAUGUAUUAGAGAAAUGUUGACAAACAUUCUGUUAUUCUGGGUGAGAUGGUGACCGUUUGUGACUGAGGCAGUCCAUAUGGUGAUGGUAGAAGGGUGUGGAAGGGGGGAUAGAGGGGGUUUAGAGGGGGUUUAGAGGGGGUUUAGAGUGGGGAUAGAGGGGGGAAGAGAUAUGGGAUUCAUUACAGUCUGGGAGCUGAACAAAUAUGUUGUUACCAAAAAGGGUUCGGGGAGGGGUGACGUUAGGGAGGGGUGACGUUAGGGAGGGGUGACGUUAGGGAGGGGGGAGAGAGAUAAAACUCAAGUGUUGGACUUGGGUUUACAACGUGUGGGAGAGACUGAGCCUGAAGAGAGUGCUGACUGUAAAAUGAGUAGCUAACUUGCCAAUGCAACAUCAGCUACUACAGUAUGGAUCAGUGCAAUUGAAGUAAAAUUGUAAUUUCUCCGGUUUCUAGGGAUCCUUUAUGCACACCUAACCAAGAGGAGAAGGAAACUGUGAUCGUGAUGGAAGAGAAGGAGAAGGAAACUGUGAUCGUGAAGGAAGACGAUGAGGAGGAAGAUGUCAAAGCCAAGGAGACUGAACCCCAGCACCAGAAGACGCAGGCCUGGGUCCCCACUGCCUACUCCAAGUUCGGUAAAGAGGUGUUCUGCUACGUAGGACAGGAGAUCAGCAUCUUUGAGGCCUUGGACUCUUACGGCGCUGUCAUCUGGCCAGCGGUGAGUUAUUCUACUAUUUAACAUGACGUUCAUGGAGGGAUGUAGGAUAACGACGAAUGAUGAUGAUGAUGAUGAUGAUGAUGAUGGUGGUGAUGGUGGUGGGGGGUGGUGAUGGAUGGGUGGAUGGAUGGAUGGAUGGAUGGGUGGGCAGAUGGAUCGGUGGAUAGGUGGGAUGGAUGCAAGAUGAUCAUGAUAAUAAUUUGAUAAUUAAUAAUAAUAAUAACUAUAAUGAUGGUUGCUAUAGUAACUCUGGUUGCCUGUAGGCGUUGGCUCUGUGUCACUACCUAGAGACCAACGUUGAGCAGUUGAAUCUGGUGGACAAGGCAGUGCUGGAGCUAGGAGCAGGACCUGGCCUAGUGUCUAUUGUUGCCACACUCCUAGGUGAGUCUGACCAGACUCUACACUACUGUCCUAGACAUAGGCAUUUAUCUGAGAGCAUUGGAGAGGUGCAAAGUGAUGUGAUGAAAACUCUACCUAGCCUCUCAAGGUGGCUAGCAAGGUGGAGGAGGUCCUAUCAAGGUGGAGGAGGUCCUAUCAAGGUGGAGGAGGUCAUAUCAAGGUGGCCAGGGAGGAGGUCCUAUCAAGGUGGAGGAGGUCCUAUCAAGGUGGAGGAGGUCCUAUCAAGGUGGAGGAGGUCCUAUCAAGGUGGAGGAGGUCCUAUCAAGGUGGAGGAGGUCCUAUCAAGGUGGCUAACAAGGUGGAGGAGGUCCUAUCAAGGUGAAGGAGGUCUUAUCAAGGUGGAGGAGGUCCUAUCAAGGUGAAGGAGGUCCUAUCAAGGUGGAGGAGGUCCUAUCAAGGUGGUUAGCAAGGUGGAGGAGGUCCUAUCAAGGUGGUUAGCAAGGUGGAGGAGGUCCUAUCAAGGUGGAGGAGGUCCUAUCAAGGUGGUUAGCAAGGUGGAGGAGGUCCUAUCAAGGUGGUUAGCAAGGUGGAGGAGGUCCCGGCAUUAUAUACCUCUUACACCUAUCCAAUCUUUUCAGAUCUGCAUGAAGUGUCCUAGUCACUAGAGGCUAGGGGUUGAUUUGGUACUGGCCACCUGUGUGUCUGUUAGUUGACUAACACAGUGUUACCUGUCCCCAGGUGCCUGGGUCACAGCUACAGACCUGCCAGAGAUCCUGGGUAACCUGAGAGCCAACCUGCUCCGUAACACAAGAGGGCGCUGUAGGUACACUCCCCAAGCUGCAGCUCUGUCCUGGGGUCCUGACGUGGAACGUAUCUACCCCAGAUCCGUCUAUCGCUAUGACUACGUGCUGGCGGCUGACGUGGUGUAUCACCAUGACUACCUGGAAGAGCUGCUGUUCACAAUGAGAUACUUCUGCCGUCCAGGUGAUUGGUUGAUUGAUUGAUUGAUUGGUUGAUUGGUUGAUUUAUUGUUUGAUUGAUUGGUUCAUUUAUUGAUUGGUUGGUUGAAUGGCUGAUUCAUUGAUAGUCUCAUUGAACAGUUUAAAAGUACAACAAAUCCCAGAGUGCAAUGCAUGAAAGCAUUAAACAACGCAUAUUAUUUCCCUUAGGAACCACUCUGAUCUGGGCCAACAAGGUCCGUUUUCCGACAGACCUGGGAUUCACUGAGGACUUCAAGAAAACCUUCAACACCACACUGCUGGCUGAGAUGGGAGAGGUUAAGAUCUUCAUGGCCACGUGCAGAGAGACAGAGGAACACCUUCAACACCACCCUGCUGGCUGAGAUGGGAGAGGUUAAGAUCUU